CCUCUUAUCUAUCCUGCCAGGAAGAUUUAAUUUCUUGACAAAGUCCAUUAGAUAGAAGUUUAAUUUAGGUGUAAAAAGAUCAAUAGAGAAAUAGAAAACGACAUCCAGAAGUGCCGUUGAUCUUAUAUUUGUGUAAAUACGAUGUCUAUUAUGCAAAUUGUGUGUUUCGAGUCAGUUGUAUUACACAUUCCUUUAGGAAGAUAAUGAUUGUUUGCUAAGGACUAAAAGUAAGACUGGUUCCUAAAAUUCCUAAAGUAGUUAGGACUCUUAUAAAUUCAAUGCAUGAAAGGGACAUUAUGGGGUGAUGGAACUAUAUAAUAUUGCAAAGAAGAAUUAAGUGUAUAAUUCAGAAUACAGGAAACUAAGGGGCUAGUAUACCUGCUGAAGAUAUGGUGAAAGAAAAUCCAGUAACUGGUGAAUCGAUAUUUGUGGAGAAGAGAAAUCACUGUGUAAUUUUUCCAGCCAGUGGCAGUAUGGUGGCAGAGUCUGUGGAAAGAAGAAACAAGAGCUGGUUUGUCCAAACAAAAAUACCAAGUGAUUUGAUAGUCGAAAUCAGAGACCAAAGCUUCCACUUGCAUAAGCUCUCCGUGGUUUCAAGAAGUGGAUACCUUAACAGAUUGGUAUUCGAAAGAAAUGGGAACAACUAUACUAGAGUUCAGAUUGAUACAAUUCCCGGUGGGGCUAAAAUCUUUGAAUUAGUAGUGAAAUUUUGCUAUGGACUGAAGAUCAAAGCUACAGCUUCAAACGUUGCCCCACUGUAUUGUGCUGCUCAUUUCUUGGAAAUGAACGAUGAUCUUCACCAAGGGAAUCUAAUUUCUAAAGCAGAGGCAUUCCUUAGCUACGUAAUCCUUUCUUCGUGGAAAGACACAUUUAGGAUCUUGAAAAGCUGUGAAUCAGUUUCGUCGUGGUCUAAAGACUUGCACAUUGUCAAACGUUGCACAGAAGCUAUUUCUUGGAAAGCUUGCUCAGAGACUGCAGUGAGUAGCAUAGAAGACAAUGAAGUGUUAGUGAAUAUUACGGCAGAUGAUACAACCAAGUUGGUGAAGUUGUGUGGCAGUUGGUUUUUCAAUGAUUUUUCAUCCCUCCGGAUAGAUCAUUUUAUCGAAGCAAUUUCAUUGAUCAAAAAGAGAAAGAUUAAGCCAGAGCUUGUGGGGUCAUGUAUAGCUCACUGGACAAAGAAGUGGAUUUCUCAAAUCGCAGUUUCACAAGAGAAGCUGAAAGAUCAAGAAUUGUCCAUCCAGCUACAUAGAGUGACAACUGAAUGUUUGAUAAGGGUGCUUCCUGCUGAAGAAGACUCAGUUCCCAGCAAUUUUCUGCUUCAUCUUUUCAAGAUUGGACUAAUUAUGAAUAUUGAUCCCAAAUUAAAAGACCAGCUCAAGACAAGAAUAGCUCUCAUGCUGGAAAAAUGUAGUGCUAAAGACCUUCUAGUCAGGAACAGUACAACUCUUUUCGAUGUGGAUAUUGUUGUUCAAGUGGUAGAAGCUUAUGUUUCUCUUGCAUCAAAUAAUCCCAAGUCAAGAAUGUGUGUUGUCGGGAGGCUGGUGAACGACUACCUCUCCCUCAUAGUGAGGGAUGAGAACCUUGUAGCAAGAAGCUUUGACUCUCUUGUAAAUGCAUUGCCAAAAGAAGCAAGAUUUUGCAAUGACAACCUAUAUAGGUCGAUAGACAUGUACCUCAAGGAACAUCCUGACUUAACAGAAGAAGAAAGAAGCAGCAUAUGCAGAAAAAUGGAGUACCACAAGCUAUCACAGGAAGCACAAAUGCAUGCUUUGAAGAAUGAUAGGCUGCCUGAUAACAUCAGGACACAAUUUAUACUUCUUGAACAGGUCAAUAUGACGAGGUUACUAACUUCAGAUGGUUCAAGUUACCAGAGAACUAAGUCACAGACCAUAAUGAAAGUCAGCAGCUGUUUAGGCAAGAGUUGGAUAAAUUCCUCCCAGAAGGAAAUGAAAGCGAUAAAACAAGAGGUUGAGAUGUUAAAGGCUCAAGUUGGUGAACUGCAACAACGUAGGAUGGAACUUCAGAGGCAAACGAAGAAAGCUGUCUUUUGUUAGUUUGUUAUGUUUCAUGUCUUCAAUGAUAAUGAAGCCUAAAAUAUUCCAAAGUUUUCUUUUGGUUAAUCCGCCUUAUGGUGUGGAGUUCUUGGCACUGACUAAGCAUUAUCUUGAUGGGAAUGGAAUCCCAAACUUCA